AUGACUGCCCCCGCGCCCAAUAUCGACCUCAAGUAUGCCGAAGAACGCGAGAAGCGUAUCCGGCCCGAGGGCAUGGCCCAGUUCGUCGAGCUCAAGGACGAACUCGGCGACCUUUCCAAGGAUCUCUACGUGAACUACGAGGAACUGAGCCGUGACCAGCCGCUCUCCAACGGCCAGGACGUCAAGCUACUCAUCAUCGGCGCCGGACACAACGGGUUGCUCGCCGCCGUCCGCCUCAUCCAGGCCGGCGGACUGACGGCCGAGGACAUCGUCCUCGUCGACAAAGCCGGCGGCCACGGGGGCACUUGGUACUACAACCGCUACCCCGGUCUGACGUGUGACGUCGAGGGCUACACCUACGUGCCCCUCCUGGAGGAGACGGGCUACAAGCCGAAGCAUCGCUACUGCGAGGGCCAGGAGAUCCGCGAACAGGCCGAGAGGAUCGCCCGCACUUGGAACCUCAAGGCGCAGUUCGGCACGCGCGUCCAGGACCUCUCGUGGGACGACGCCACGGCCCGGUGGUCUGUCAAUAUGACCCAAGACCUGGGCCCCGGAAAGCCCAGCAGGGAGCUCUCAGUGACGAGUCAGUUCGUCUACGUGGCCCCCGGCGUCUAUCCCGUUGGCCACAUCCCCAAGCUGGCCGGCUUCGACGAUUUCCGCAAACACCACAGCGCCUUUCACACGGCAGGCUGGGACUACGCCGUCACCGGCGGCACCCAGCAAGACCCGCGGCUCACGGAGCUGAGGGACAAGAGGGUCGCCGUGGUGGGAACCGGCGCCACGGGCGUCCAGGUCGUGCCCAAGAUCGCCGAGUGGGCGAAGCACCUGUACGUGUUCCAGCGGACGCCCUCGUACUGCUGGCCGCGGAAGCCGGCGCUCACCGACGACAAGACGUGGUCCGAGGUCGUCGCCCAGGGCCCCGGGUGGCAGAAGGCGAGGCAGGAGAACUACAACGCUGCCAUCGUGGGCGAGACGGACGUCGACCUCGUCAACGACAGCUGGACGGCGGCCAAGGGAUUCUCCGUCAUCAGCGGCAGCUCGGCCAACGGCAUCAUCACCAUGGACAAGAUCCCGCAGCACAUGGCCAGCCUGCAGGCCGUCGACGCCCCGCUCUCCGAGGCGCUGCGGAAGCGCGUCGAGGAGGAGGUCCGCGACAGGGGCACGGCGGAGAAGCUCAAGCCGUGGUACUACGGCUGGUGCAAGCGGCCGGCCUUCCACGACACGUACCUCUCGACCUUCAACAGGGACAACGUCACGCUCGUCGACACGGACGGCAAGGGCGUCGAGGGGUGCACCGCCAACGGGGUCCUCGCCAACGGCCGCUACCCCGCGGCGCGCGGCGGGAUGCGCAUCACCGGCCGGGCCGGCCGGGACCUCAACGACAAGUUCGACGAGGGCUGGGAGUCGCUUCACGGGGUCGCCACCAACGGCUUCCCGAACCUGUUCUUCUACACGCCCACGGGCGCGGCCGGGUCGUCCAACUUCAUCUUCUGCCUCGACGAGGGCGCCAGGCAGUCGGCCUACAUCAUCACCGAGGCGCUGCGCCGGGCGACGGGGGACCCGGCCAAGGUCGUCGUCGAGGUCACCAAGGAGGGCGAGCAGGCCUGGGGCACCGAGGUGGCCAAGAGGGCCGCGUGGUUCGCCGUCUUUGGGAACUGCACGCCGUCGUACCUCACCGCCGAGGGCGACGCCUACAAGAUCCCGCCCGAGAAGAUGAUGGCCAAGGCUCGCAUGGCCAGCUGGGGCGAGGGCCCGAACAGUUACGCGAGGCAUACCGAGGCGUAUAGGGCCGCUGGGACUCUCGAUGGAAUAGAGGUCAGCGCUUAG